UACUGUUCGUUACUUUGUUUCCUCAGACAAACCCUGCGGUUUCAGUUCGUUCGUGCUCUCUUGGGCGCCUUGGUUCCAUCUUACCGGCCCGUAGGGUUUCGUACGACAAAAUGGCUACCGCUGUCCCAACCGUCGGAGCUGUUAAUAGGGCACCGUUGAGCUUGCACAGCUCUGGUGCUGGAACAUCAGUGCCUAGCUCAGCCUUCUUCGGAAACAGUUUGAAGAAGGUAAAUUCUGGGUUCAGUCAGCCAAAGGUUUCAUCGGGAAACUUCAAGGUGGUCGCGGAAGUCGAUGAGACAAAGCAGACCAACAAAGACAGAUGGAAGGGCCUUAUUUACGACAUAUCCGAUGACCAGCAAGACAUCACCAGAGGAAAGGGUAUGGUGGAUUCCCUCUUCCAAGCUCCCCAGGAUGCUGGAACUCACUACGCCGUCAUGAGUUCCUACGAGUACAUCAGCACUGGUCUUCGACAAUACAAUUUGGACAACAACAUGGGCGGAUUCUACAUAGCUCCUGCUUUCAUGGACAAGCUUGUUGUUCACAUCACCAAGAACUUCAUGACCUUGCCUAACAUCAAGGUUCCACUUAUCUUGGGUAUUUGGGGAGGCAAAGGUCAAGGAAAAUCCUUCCAGUGUGAGCUCGUCUUUGCCAAGAUGGGAAUCAACCCAAUCAUGAUGAGUGCCGGAGAGUUGGAAAGUGGAAACGCCGGAGAGCCGGCGAAACUGAUCAGGCAAAGGUACCGUGAGGCAGCAGACAUCAUCGCCAAGGGAAAGAUGUGCUGCCUCUUCAUCAACGAUCUUGAUGCAGGAGCGGGUAGGCUUGGUGGAACCACCCAAUACACAGUGAACAACCAGAUGGUGAACGCCACCCUCAUGAACAUUGCUGAUAACCCAACAAACGUUCAGCUCCCCGGUAUGUACAACAAAGAGGAGAAUGCUCGUGUGCCCAUCAUCGUUACUGGUAACGACUUCUCCACAUUGUAUGCGCCUCUCAUCCGUGAUGGUCGUAUGGAGAAAUUCUACUGGGCUCCCACCCGCGAAGACAGAAUUGGGGUCUGCACUGGUAUCUUCAGGACCGACAAUGUUCCCAAGGACGACAUCGUCAAACUUGUUGACACCUUCCCAGGACAGUCCAUUGACUUCUUUGGUGCCCUCAGAGCCAGAGUUUACGAUGAUGAGGUGAGGAAGUGGAUCUCAGGUGUGGGAGUGGAAAGCAUUGGAAAGAAGCUGGUGAACUCAAAGGAGGGACCCCCAACAUUCGAGCAGCCGCAGAUGACCCUUGAGAAGCUGCUCGAGUAUGGAAACAUGCUUGUCCAAGAACAGGAGAAUGUGAAGAGAGUUCAAUUGGCUGACAAGUACUUGAGCGAGGCAGCUCUUGGAGAAGCCAAUGAAGAUGCUAUUAAGAGAGGAACUUUCUAUGGCCAAGCCGCCCAGCAAGUGAACGUUCCUGUUCCUGAGGGUUGCACCGACCCUUCUGCUAAAAACUUUGAUCCAACGGCUAGGAGCGACGAUGGUAGCUGCCUUUAUUAAAUUCUAGGUGUGGCGUAGGAGCUGAGAUGUCCAACAAAGGAUGGGAAGAUUGGAAUUGGGUGAUGUUUUUAUGGAUUAAUUAUCCUGUAAUUUUGUGUUGUUAUGUACACUUUGUUCACUAGUGCUAGUGUUAAGACUUUAUUAAAAUGCGCGCUUCCUUGAUGGGUUUUACCUA